AUGUCUAAGGCCUCUUCAUCGCGGCUCCUGGGAAGCCGUCUUUGGCCGCAGCAUACAGCACCUCCUGGAACUGGAUUUCUUCGACAGCUGCACCUUCAGAGACCAAGUCAACAACCGCAGUCGAUAUCGAUACAUCGAAACUUGCCGACAUGGUGGCAUGGGCGCCAUAAUCAAGUAGUACCGGUUCUGCGCUUUUCUUCACCUUACUCUACAAAGUUCACCGUCCGUUCGACCGGGGUAUUGGAGGCAUCUUAUAACGCGCCAGCUCUCAGAUAUCACCAUGGCGGACCGGUGCCAGCUUUUACAAAGCUACUGCGAGAACAGCAGUACAGCUACUCCAGUCAAGGAAAGACUGCACAAGAACGACCGAUAACAAGAAGAUCCUCUGAGUCGCUUGAAAGCAAGCGGCCGCAGUCAAGUCAACAGCAACGGCAAGCCUCAGAACCACAGAGUAGCGAAGAUAAUGUUGAAUCGAUAGCAACUUCGGUUUCCAAGUACCUCCAUCUGCCGAAGUUACCACAUCGACCGGCAAAGGAGGAGCUCUUGGCUGCCGCAAACGGAUUCUGGGAGAGGCUCAAAGUUCGAUUCAAAUGGAUGUCUAUCAGAAGCAUGCGCCCAUGGAAUGCUGAUGAAUGGGGGGCUUUUGUGUCUUGGUUCAUGUUGGGGCACAUUGUGUGGAUUCUUGUAGGGACCACAACCUUCUUUUCUCUUCUCAUCUUCUCCAUCAAUACCGUCUUUGCACAAGUUGUAUUUGAGUCGGCAAUCGUUCCCAAAUGGAAAAACGGAGUGAUCGCAUUUCGAAACGUGUUUGUGUCUCGCCGACCGGGCCAGGUCAAGUCUUCUGUGAGCAAAGGCUCGUCGGACGCUGCUGCGGUGGCAGCUGCUGGCCGACAGGCACACUUCGUCGAGUACUCUGACCCAGCAGAUGAUGGUAAUUACACACAGUUUGAUGUUACGAUUGCUAACGUCAAUGUCACAUUGUCGUUUCUCAACUGGUGGAACGGCAAGGGUUUACUCAAGGAUGUUGAGGUAAACGGGGUAAGGGGCGUUGUAGAUCGUACUUCAGUACACUGGCCGAUGGAGGAAGUAGACCCUCUUUCAUACCGACAUGAACACCAGCCUGGGGACUUUGAGAUCGAGUCAUUCAAAUUAGAAGAUCUGUUGUUAAUCAUUCAUCAACCUGGCGGCUUUCGGCCGUUCUCCGUCAGCAUAUACUCUUGCGAACUCCCACGACUGCGAAAACAAUGGCUCUUCUACGAUUUUUUGUCCGCAAAUCAUAUGUCCGGAUCAUUUGACGGCUCCCUUUUUACCAUACACCCCCGUCAAGUCCAUGGCAUUGUGUCCCGCCAAAAUCAAGAAGCUAUGACGAGGUUGGGAGAACAGGAUGCCUGGGAAAAGUUUAGCAGGCUACGCAUUGAUGGCCUAAAAAUCGAUCAUCUGAACCGAGGAGUCGAGGGGCCGUUCGGGUGGAUUUACGAAGGAAAUGUCGACAUUGUGGCUGACUUAAUGCUACCCGCUGAGACAGAUGAAGGAAUCACGAAAGUCAUGGCCGAUUUCUAUGACCAGCUCGAGGAGGCAGUCAUUGUGAACAAACAGCGAUUACUACAAAACUCUGCCGACAACAGCCCCGUCUUGCUCCAAUCUGGACAUCUCUCGGAAGCCGGCCAUGUUGAGACUGCUGGAACAAAUGAAGCGGGCGGACCCGGCGAAGAAGAUCGCCGCUAUCUCAUCAUGGACAUGCGCAUUCACAUGAAUGAUGUGAAGGCCGCAGUACCUCUUUUCACAAGGGACAUAUCCUAUAUCAAUCAGGCACUUGUACGACCAAUUGUGGCCUACAUCAACGCCAAGAAGACUUAUAUUCCAAUAUCUUGCCGCAUAGUCAAACGUCUCAGCGAUUUUGACGGAAGUUGGACCGUGUUUGACUGCGGCUUGAUGAAUGACGCGUCAGUUGAAACGUAUGACGCCUUUGCCAAGGACGUGGAAAAUCAACAGAGCCGUGUCCGAAGAUUCAAGAAGGUUGGGUUCUGGACACUGUCUCUUGCUGUCCACGCUCUGUUUAUGGGGAUGGCGGGGAAUGUGGUUUGA